AUGUUGGUUUUUAGAUUAUCACAUCCUACAUGUUUCAUACCAAAAACACCAGAGAAAACUAUAUAUAGAUUUUCACAAAAUAAACUCCUCUCAUGUAGAAAACAUAUAAGAGAAGGGCUUGUGCAGUUGGCAACAGAUAAGGCUCUAGUAUCUGAUCCCGCCUUCCGCCCUCUUGUCGAGAAAUAUGCAGCGGACGAGGAUGCCUUCUUUGCAGAUUACGCUGAGGCUCAUCUAAAACUUUCUGAAUUGGGAGGCUCACGCGAUCUCUUUUUACUAAUUACAAGAAUUAUGAGUACUCAGCUAGUUGAGAUUCAGCCACAGGAGCUUAAGUUCGUAGUUGAGGCAAUGAAACAAAGUUCGUGUAUUGCUGACCUCACCAAUGUCACCGAUCAACAUGUAGCUUUCAAGGUGAAGACCACAUCACCGAAGAAUUACUGUGUACGCCCUAAUGUAGGCAUAAUCAAGCCAGAGUCAACAUGUCCUUUCACAGUUACCAUGCAAGCACAGAAAUCAGCUCCAGCUGAUAUGCAAUGCAAUGAUAAAUUCCUGAUUCAAUGUACAGUUGUGCCAUUUGACACAACUGAAGCAGAAAUUCCUCCCAUGUUUACGAAAGAUAGUAAAAACUAUAUUGAAGAGACCAAGCUUAGGGUUGUUUGGACUAGUCCACCUCAAUCUCCAGUGUUUCUACCGGUUAAUAGAGUUUUGAAGCCAGAACCAUCUUAUGAGACUUCAAUGCAGAAAGAAAAAUUGCAGAUGGGAGUCGAAAAUUCCCUCCCUGAGUUGCUGGUUAAGAGUGGAGAGGAUGUCAAAAUGGCUGCAAACAAGGAAGAUUCAAGAUCUCCGAAGGCUGUGGAAAGUUCCAAGUUAGUCCCUACUAAGGAUGAGGAGUUUAGCCCUAGCAAGCAGGAACCAAGACAAAUUAAGGAUGUGGAAGUGGCAAAAUCAAGACAGGUUGAGGAUGUAGAAGUGACAAAAUCAAGAGAAGAUCAGGAUGUGGAAGUCACAAAAUCAAGACACUUUGAGGAUGUGGAAGUAAAAAGUUUAUCAGAAGAUGUUCAGGAGUUGAAAACAAAGAUAAGUGCCUUGGUUUCAAAGCUAAUUGAGGCUGAAAGUACCAUCAUGAAGCUAAAAGAAGAAAAAUGCAGUACCAUUCAUGAGAAGGAAACAUUAAAGCAAGAAUUGGCAAUGUUGAGGAGAUCGAAGAGUAAGAAUAAAGUUCAAGUUGGUUUCCCCCCGCUGUUCGUUUGCAUGGUCGCCAUGAUUUGUCUCCUUGUCGGGUUCUUGUUACGUGCUAAGUAA